UUAUUAUUUAUUAUUUAUUAUCAGCCAAAUAAACAACCAACACUCUCUCCACAGAUCAAAAUCACAGCUCGCUUUACAACACACCAACAUCCUCCAAUAUCCCAAAUGAUCGUCGCUGCUUCUUCCAUCUCUCCUCUUCUUUACUCUUACUCCUUCUACCUACCGCUCUUCUUUCAUCAUCACUCCUCUGUUUCAGAUUCACACCCCUAUCAUGGCCAAGCUCGUCGUCCAUGUCCUCGACGCCGCCGGCCUCCUGUCCAAACACCCCCACUCUGCUAACCCCUUUGUUGAGGUCCAUUUUGACCACCAAAAACAGAGGACUCUCACCAAACACACACAUCUCGAUCCUUACUGGAAUGAGGAGCUUCUCUUCAACAUCUCCGAUCCUAAAGCUUUUCCCGACAAGACCAUCGAUGUGGUGGUUUAUAGCGAGAGGAAGUCAGGCCAUUGCCCGGAUUUUCUCGGCCGUGUCAGACUCUCGGGCAUGUCGGUGCCCCUUUCUGAACAGGAUGCUAAUAUUCAGAGAUGCCCACUUGACAGACGUGGCCUCUUCUCUAAUGUCAAAGGCGAUAUUGGGAUUCGAAUGUAUGUGAUUCACGACCAUGAAUCGACUAACAAGGACACGGGCGUCAAGACCUUCCACUCCAUAGGAGCAAAGCGGCCACCGCCAGUGGGGACACGGAUGGACUUUGCUCGAACAGGUCUAUCGGUGAUGACAGUAAAGCAUUUGCCAAUUCAAAUGCAGAGUCCAGAGUUCGCAUUGGUGGAGACCAGCCCGCCAUUACCAGCAAGGUUGCAGUCCGGUUACAGAGGAAAAGACAAGAUCAUCAGCACCUAUGACAUGGUGGAGCAGAUGCAUUUUUUGUAUGUAAACGUGGUUAAAGCUCAAGCUCUCCCUGCCAUGGAUAUUUCAGGGAGAUUAGACCCUUAUGUGGAAGUGAAAGUAGGGAGCUACAAAGGAGUUACAAAGUACUUGGAGAAGAACCAAAACCCAAUAUGGAAACAGAGUUUUGCCUUCCCAAAAGAGAGGUUGCAAGCAAACUUACUGGAAGUGACUGUGAAAGACAAGGAUUUGGUGAAGGAUGAUUUUGUUGGGAAAGUUGUCUUUCAUAUCCCUGAGGUUCCAUUGAGAGUUCCUCCAGAUAGUCCACUGGCUCCUCAAUGGUACAAAUUAGUGGACAAGAAAGGAAUCAAAGCCGAGUGGGAGGUGAUGCUUGCUGUUUGGAUGGGUACUCAGGCUGAUGAGUCUUUCCCGGAUGCUUGGCAUUCGGAUGCUCACAGCAUCAGCCAUGACAACCUUGCAAACACAAGAUCAAAGGUCUAUUUCUCUCCUAAACUCUAUUAUCUGAGAGCCCAUGUGAUUGAAGCUCAAGACAUCCCAUCAGAUAAAUCCAAACCUCCUCCAGACGCAUUUGUAAGAAUACAAUUCUGCAAUCAAGGGAAAGUAACCAGAUCUUCACAGAUGCGAGUGAUCAACCCAAUUUGGAACGAGGAGCUGAUGUUUGUAGCAUCCGACCCAUUUGAAGAUUUCAUCAUCAUUACUGUUGAAGACAGAGGAACAGGGGAGAUUCUAGGAAGAGUAAUCAUCCCAUCAAGAGAAAUUCCACAAAGAAUCGAGUCCACAAAACUCCCAGACGCCCGCUGGUACAAUCUCCACCACCCAUCCAUUGCUCAAACAGAGGGAACAGAGAAAAAAAAGGAGAAAUUCUCCAGUAAGAUCCAUGUCCGUCUCUGGAUCGACUCAGGGUACCAUGUUCUAGACGAACCAACCCAUUUCAGCAGUGAUCUUCAACCAUCCUCCAAAAUUCUCAGAAGGAACAGCAUCGGAGUACUCGACCUAGGGAUUUUAAGCGCUCGAAAUUUGCUUCCAAUGAAGAACAAAGAAGGAAGAACCACAGACGCUUACUGCGUCGCCAAAUACGGCAACAAAUGGGUUCGAACAAGAACUCUCUUAGACACCCUCGCCCCGCGCUGGAACGAGCAGUACACAUGGGAAGUUUACGAUCCUUGCACUGUAAUAACAAUUGGGGUUUUUGACAACGCUCACACAAAUGGAAGCAAAGAAGACGCAAAAGACCAGAGAAUUGGAAAAAUAAGGAUUCGAUUAUCCACAUUAGAGACGGACAAAAUCUAUACGCAUUAUUACCCCUUGUUGGUUCUUCAUCCAUCUGGCCUGAAAAAGCAUGGCGAGCUUCAAUUGGCUCUGAGAUUCACCUGCACGGCUUGGGCCAACAUGCUGACACUGUACGGGAAGCCAUUGCUGCCCAAAAUGCACUAUCUGCAACCAAUCCCAGUCCGACACAUUCAACUGCUCCGCUUCCAAGCGAUGAACAUAGUGGCUGCAAGGUUGUCUCGAGCAGAGCCGCCGCUUCCGCGGGAGGCAGUGGAGUAUAUGCUGCUCGACGUUGAUUACCACGUGUUUAGUCUCAGAAGAAGCAAAACGAAUUUCAAUCGCGUAAUGUCGCUUCUCUCAGGAGCCACAGCGAUUUACCGAUGGUUCAACGGUGUGUGCAUUUGGAGAAACCCUAACACGACCUGCCUCGUCCAUGUCCUGUUCUUGAUUCUCGUCUGUUAUCCCGAAUUGAUUCUUCCCACCAUCUUCCUCUACCUAUUCGUGAUCGGAAUUUGGAAUUACCGGUUCCGACCGAGGUAUCCACCGCAUCUGAACGCGAGAUUGUCGCAGGCGGAGCACGUUCACCCCGACGAGCUCGACGAAGAGUUCGACAGCUUUCCAACGACGAAACAUAUCGAUACGGUGAGAAUGAGGUACGACCGAAUGAGGAGCGUGGCCGAGAAAAUGCAGACGGUGGUCGGAGAUUUGGCGACACAAGUGGAAAGGGCACAGGCGAUUCUCGGGUGGAGGGAUCCGAGAGCCACAGCGUUGUUCAUCAUCUACUCAUUGAUGUGGGCAGUUUUCAUGUACGUUACACCGUUUCAGGUGGCGGCAAUUCUGAUCGGACUGUAUAUUCUUCGCCAUCCGAGAUUCAGGAGGAAUUUCCCGUCUGUUCCUGUUAAUUUCUUCAAGCGGCUGCCAUCAAAGGCGGAUAUGAUGUUACUAUGAGAGACGGCCCAAGAUCAUCAAUUAGUUCCAGAGAUCAAGAUAUUGAUAUCACAAAUAAUGAUGAUUAAUAUCUAAACUCUCAAGAUUAAUAGUCAUAAUUUUUACCACAAUCUAA